AUGGCAGAUGAAGUCGAUCGAAGAUUAGAUGCGGCUUUGGAUGAGGCUUUCGAUGAAUAUUUUGAAGAUACCUACACCAACAUCGUAAAGAACCAAAAAAGGAAACAUAGGAAACGUGCAUAUGUCGAACGAAACCGAGAAGAGGGUCAUACCCGUCUAUGGAAUGACUACUUCAGUGAUAAUCCAACAUUUCCGCCUCAUUUAUUCAAACGUCGUUUCCGCAUGAACAAACCAGUAUUCAUGCGUCUUGUCAAUUGUCUCUCAGAAACUUUUCCAUUCUUUCAACAUAGAAGAGAUGCUAUCGGAAGAUUAGGUCUAUCUCCACUACAAAAGUGUACGGCAGCACUUCGUAUGCUUGCUUAUGGCUGUGUCGCUGACGCCGUUGAUGAAUAUCUCCGACUUGGUGAAACCACAUCACUUUCAUGUUUAACCAAUUUCACAGAAGGGGUAAUCCAGUUAUUUGGAGAUGAGUAUCUACGAAGGUCCAAUCCAGAGGAUCUUCAACGACUGCUCGAUAUUGGAGAGAUACGCGGGUUUCCUGGGAUGAUAGGCAGCAUCGACUGUAUGCAUUGGGAAUGGAAAAAUUGUCCAACCGCCUGGAAAGGACAAUACACCCGUGGAUCAGGAAAGCCACCAAUUGUCUUGGAAGAUGUAGCUUCACAAGAUUUUUGGAUAUGA